GAAUGCCUCAGUCGCGCUUGUUUGACCGUGAGCAGUGCAAGUAUUGUGGUUAACAGUGUUAAAACGCCUCUAGAUUACGACGGUCAAUAACGAUGCCAGCCCCAACCGACGCCGUGUCAACAGGCGAGGCCUCGCUCCUUCGCAAAGCGAGCGACAUUUUCGCUGCCACGUUCAAGCGGAGCCCCACCGCUGCAGUCGCCGCGCCCGGCCGCGUCAAUCUUAUAGGGGACCAUGUGGAUUACUGCGAAGGAUACGUUUUGCCUGUGGCGUUGCCGUUUCUGACAGUUGUGGUUGGCGCCAACAACGACACGUCGACGUGUUGCGUCGUGUCGGUAAUCGACUCGGGGCGUAAAGAGGCGACGUUCCCUACGCCCAGCUCUGGUCAGCUCAAGCCCGGGGAACCUGCUUGGGCUAACUAUGUUAAGGGCGUCGUGGCUAACUUCCCUGGUGCGGUAAAAGGUUUUGACGCCGUGAUCGUCUCGGACCUGCCGAUGGGCGCUGGCCUGUCAAGUAGUGCCUCUGUUGAAGUCGCCACUUUCACCUUAUUAGAAGCUCUGGCGGGAACUAAUAUCGACCCAGUGAAGAAGGCCCAGCUGUGUCAGAAGGCUGAGCACGAGUUCCCGGGCAUGCCGUGCGGCAUCAUGGACCAAUACGUCGUCACGAUGGGGAAGAAAGACCACGCUCUUCUUAUUGAUUGUCGGUCCCUUGAAAGCAGCCAAGUGCCCAUCACGAACGGCGACACCGUCAUCCUUGUGAUCAACUCUAACGUGAAGCACCAGCUGACCGGCAGCGAAUAUCCUCAACGCCGUGCGCAGUGUCAGAAAGCUGCUGAUUUACUAGGCUUUCCGUCACUUAGAAACGCUACCAGCGAACACGUUAAAGAUCUGAGAGGAAAGAAAUGCGACGUAGAUGUGGUAAAGCGGGCGCAGCACGUUGUCGAAGAGAUACGUCGCACCGAGGAGUGCGCAAAGAGCUUGCGGGCAGGAGACUUGGAGCGUGUCGGUGAGCUAUUCUACGAGUCUCACGAGGCGUUACGCGACCUGAUGGAGGUUUCUUGCCCGGAGCUUGACCAGCUGGUUGCCAUUGCCAAAACGGUUGAAGGCGUCUAUGGUGCCAGGAUGACGGGCGGCGGGUUUGGCGGCUCGGCGGUUGUCCUUGUAAAGAACGCCGCGGUAGAACAACUCAAAAGUCGAAUUCUGAGUGAAUACAAAGGAAAGCCUACAUUCUUACUGGCUGUGCCUAGCGAUGGCGCCAGGAAACUGAACAUUUAAUAUAAACAAAAGAAC